AUGCCGGGGGGAAAGCGAGGGCUGGUGGCGCCGCAGAACACCUUCCUGGAGAACAUAGUGCGGAGAUCCAGCGAAUCGAGCUUCUUGCUGGGAAAUGCACAGAUCGUGGACUGGCCUGUGGUUUAUAGUAAUGAUGGUUUUUGCAAACUCUCUGGCUAUCACCGAGCUGACGUCAUGCAGAAGAGCAGUACUUGCAGCUUUAUGUAUGGAGAACUAACUGACAAAAAGACCAUCGAAAAGGUCAGGCAAACGUUUGAUAACUACGAGUCAAAUUGCUUUGAAGUCCUUCUUUACAAGAAAAACAGAACUCCAGUUUGGUUUUAUGUGCAGAUUGCUCCAAUAAGGAAUGAACAUGAAAAGGUUGUUUUAUUUCUGUGUACGUUUAAAGAUAUAACUUUAUUCAAGCAACCGAUCGAAGAUGAUUCUACGCGAGGAUGGACAAAAUUCGCCAGAUUAACACGAGCUUUGACAAACAGCCGCAGUGUUAUUCAGCAGCUGACUCCCAUGAACAAAACCGAAGUGGUCCACAAACAUUCCAGAUUAGCGGAGGUUCUUCAGCUUGGAUCGGACAUCCUUCCUCAGUACAAACAAGAAGCUCCCAAGACCCCACCUCAUAUUAUCUUACAUUAUUGUGCUUUCAAGACUACCUGGGACUGGGUGAUCCUCAUUCUAACGUUCUAUACUGCGAUUAUGGUUCCCUAUAAUGUCUCUUUCAAGACAAAGCAGAACAAUAUCGCUUGGCUGGUGCUAGAUAGUGUGGUUGAUGUUAUUUUCCUCGUAGACAUCGUUUUAAACUUCCACACAACUUUUGUGGGACCAGGAGGAGAGGUCAUAUCAGAUCCUAAACUCAUUCGAAUGAACUACUUGAAAACGUGGUUUGUCAUAGACUUGCUGUCUUGCUUACCGUACGAUAUCAUCAAUGCCUUUGAAAAUGUGGAUGAGGGUAUCAGCAGUCUCUUCAGCUCUCUGAAAGUCGUGCGCCUCUUGAGACUGGGCAGAGUGGCUAGGAAACUGGAUCACUACUUGGAGUAUGGUGCUGCCGUACUGGUUUUAUUGGUCUGUGUCUUUGGUCUGGUUGCUCAUUGGUUGGCCUGUAUUUGGUACAGCAUCGGGGACUACGAGGUGAUUGAUGAAACAACAAACACCAUCAAAAAUGACAGCUGGCUUUAUCAGUUGGGAGUGAGCAUCGGAACUCCUUAUAAAUAUAAUGCUUCUGGCUCAGGGCAGUGGGAAGGUGGACCCAGUAAAGACUCUUUGUAUAUAUCUUCCCUCUACUUUACCAUGACAAGCCUUACAACCAUUGGAUUUGGAAACAUUGCACCAACUACUGAUGGAGAGAAGAUUUUCUCCGUUGCCAUGAUGAUGGUUGGCUCUCUCCUUUAUGCAACUAUUUUUGGAAACGUGACCACUAUUUUCCAGCAAAUGUACGCCAACACCAACCGAUACCACGAGGUGCUGAACAAUGUGCGUGAUUUCCUCAAACUUUAUCAGGUCCCAAAAGGCCUUAGCGAGAGAGUUAUGGAUUAUAUUGUAUCGACAUGGUCCAUGUCAAAGGGCAUCGAUACAGAAAAGGUUCUUGCGAUUUGUCCCAAGGACAUGAGGGCGGACAUCUGCGUUCAUCUAAACAGGAAGGUUUUUAAUGAGCACCCGGCGUUCCGUCUGGCCAGCGAUGGCUGCCUGCGAGCAUUGGCUGUGGAGUUUCAAACGAUUCACUGUGCCCCAGGAGAUCUUAUUUAUCACUCAGGUGAAAGCGUUGACGCACUCUGCUUUGUGGUGUCAGGAUCCCUGGAAGUCAUUCAAGAUGAGGAGGUGGUGGCAAUACUAGGUAAAGGGGAUGUGUUUGGAGAUGUAUUCUGGAAGGAGACCAGCCUUGCCCAUGCCUGUGCCAAUGUUCGAGCACUGACAUACUGUGAUUUACAUAUAAUUAAACGGGAAGCCCUGCUCAAAGUACUGGACUUUUACACUGCAUUUGCAAACUCCUUCUCGAGGAAUCUCACACUUACGUGUAAUCUAAGGAAACGGAUUAUCUUCCGCAAAAUCAGUGACGUAAAGAAGGAGGAAGAAGAACGUCAGAGACAAAAGAAUGAAGUGACGCUCAGCAUUCCAGUAGACCACCCUGUAAGGAAACUGUUUCAGAAAUUUAAGCAGCAGAAGGAGUUACGGAAUCAGGGGUCAUCACAUAGUGACCUUGAGAGAAAUCAGUUCCAAGUGGAAAAUCGCUCAUUACACAAUGGUGCAGUCAUUACUGGCACCAGUGUAGUUACAGUGUCCCAGAUCACACCUAUCCAGACGUCACUUUCUUAUGUUAGAACCAAUGAGUCUCGGAAACAGAACAACAGAGAUGCCAUGGAGCUUAAGCCAAAUGGCAACAGCAGUGACUCAAACUGUCUAAAAGUCACCAGUCCCGUGCGCAUCAAAAAUGGCAAUGGGAAAGGUUGGCUGCGAUUAAAAAACAAUAUGGCGGCACCGGAGGAGAAAAAAGAAGACUGGAAUAAUGUUACAAAAGCAGAAUCAAUGGGUUUGCUUUCAGAUGACACUAAAGGUGUUGAUGAGCACGGCGUUUCUAAAAACCCUUUAAGAAAAACGGAUUCUUGUGAUAGUGGAAUAACGAAAAGUGACCUUCGCUUGGACAAAGCUGGGGAAACCCGCAGUCCUCUUGAACAUAGUCCCAUCCAAGCUGAUGCAAAGCAUCCUUUUUACCCUAUCCCUGAACAAGCCUUACAGACCACCCUUCAGGAAGUCAAACAUGAGUUAAAAGAAGACAUUCAAUUAUUAAGCUGCCGAAUGACUGUACUAGAACAGCAGGUGGCCGAAAUACUAAAACUGCUAACAGAACAAAAAAUCCCCCCUUCUUCUCCCCUUAAACCACCAAGCCCAGUACCAAUUCCAUGUCAGGACAUUUUUAGUGUUUCCCGACCAGUAACGCCAGAAUCCGAAAAAGAGGAAAUUCAUGUAUAA